GUCAUACAUACCCUCCUACUGUGACAUCGUGACAGUCACGUACAAUUGCGUUAACGGGACUUUGUGUAGCUUCAUCGAUAACCUCCUGGACGCCUCUGCCAGCAUUGUGCUUGCCGCAAUGGCUGCUCAGCCAACCGUGCAUCAACUAUUCAGACGCCUGGAAACUGUAGGCAAGGGUGCCUAUGGUUCCGUCCAUAAAGGCGUCCACAUACCCACAGGAAAUAUCGUGGCCCUAAAAAUCAUCAACUUAGACACUGCUGACGACGACGUGGAAGCCAUUCAACGCGAAGUAGCUCUAUUAACCCAGCUUCGCGAUGCCCCCAACGUCACCAAGUAUUAUGGUUGUUAUCUUGACGGCCCGCGCGUUUGGAUCGCUAUGGAAUUCGCCCAGGGCGGAAGUGUCCGCACUCUCAUGCAGACUUCUAAGGACCGUGUUCUUGAGGAGCGGUUCAUUGUACUCAUCACCCGUGAGGUUGUCAUUGGGCUCAAUUACCUACAUAAAUCUGCCAUCAUCCAUAGAGACAUCAAAGCCGCUAACAUUCUCAUCACUGCCACCGGUAAAGUUAUGAUUUGCGACUUCGGUGUCUCCGCACUCUCUGCCACAACUACGAGCAAGCGAAACACUCUGAUGGGCACCCCGAAUUGGAUGGCUCCCGAAGUAGCACAGCCAGUGCCAACGUACGAUAGCAAGGCCGAUAUUUGGAGUUUGGGCAUCAUGAUUUAUGAGAUGGUGAAGGGUGCACCUCCUCACUCAGAUCUGAGGGAUGCAAUCAAGGUCAUGCAGUUAAUAACCAAAGUACAACCCCCUCAAUUGGCCGAAGCGGAUGGUAGCAAAGAAAUGCGAGAGCUCGUAUCACACUGUCUCAAAGUCUCUCCAAAUGAGCGAUUUUCUGCUGAUGAAUUACUAAGAACGAAGUGGAUGAAAUCGGUGUCAAAGGCAAACGUGUCUACUUUACGGGAGCUGAUACUCCGGUACGAUGCUUGGAUGAAAAAUGGGGGUACUCGCAAUAGCUUAGCGGAACCGCUCGACUGGGAGAAUGAGGAGAAAAGAGACUUGCAAGGCAUGGUAGAUGAAGAGACAGACCUUUGGGAAUUCGACACAAUAAGACGUCGGACGUUUCAAGCUGCAUUGAAGGAAGAUUUAUUACCGGACACCUUUCCAGCUGACUCAUCACCAUCAGUUCCUACUAUCAAGCCUUCAGCACGAUUACCUACAUCAUUGCGUGGCCUUUUUGAUGAUGACUUUGUGCAUCUUGGAAUCGAAACCUUGCGGGCUCCAAUGCCACCUCCACCACUACGUGAUACUCCGAGCCCAACACCUCUAGCACCUCCUUCUUCAUCACCAUCACGUGAUCGUCCGCCGUUCAAACGUACAUUAGUUAUUGCAGACAGCACAGAUGAUGUUCAGAUGGUCAAAUACAACGAUUUCGCGUUUCCUCCCAGGACAGGUUCUCGAGCUAAAUCGAAACUCUCCAACAAUGUUCCAACUGCUAUGAGCGUGGAAAUGAAAGAGGAAAACACACCUCCAGAGGAGAAGGCUGAAGGUAUAUACGUUUUAAUUGACAUCAGCUGUUGACGAAUUAUUCUUUUCACAAGCUUCUGUUACCGUCAUGGAG